GUCAGUGUCAGAUGUCAGGUCAGGAACCAAUGUAAAAAAAUAUCAAAAAUUAAAAAAAAACCAACCAAAACAUUGUCGGUAUAAAAUAUAAAAUAAAAUUGUUAUAUCAGUAAAAGCAAUCUUAAAAAUAUGACCAUUAUUUCAAAACUUGUACCUUCCCUUCGCUUGUCAAAAACUGUGUGUUUCUUUCCUGGCUCUAUAUCUGUAUCAAAUUUUCGGCUUACUCGUUAUUAUUCAACAGAGAAAGGUAGUGGUUUGACAAAAAGUGAAGAAAGAGCUGAUGUCUCUAUUGAUGUUCGCCCUCUCGGUGAAAAAAUUAAAGAAACCACCAAAACAGUAUCUUAUACUGGUGUUAUUUUACUAGGCAUUGGGGUCACCGGGAUUAUAUUUUAUUAUGUAUUCAGAGAACUUUUUUCCAGCAAUAGCGCUAAUAGCAUAUAUUCAGCAGCUCUGGAGAAAUGCAAGAAUGAUCCAAGAAUAGAGGAUGCACUCGGAGCUCCUAUAAAAGGUUAUGGUGAAGAGACCACUAGAAGGAGACGCACGCAUGUUAGUCAUGCUGUGUAUGAGAAAGAUGGAGCUAAACAUAUGAGGAUGAGGUUCUACAUCAAGGGGAUUAGGAAUAAAGCUGUUGUUGAACUUGACAUGAAACAGAAUGAUUAUGGAAAUUAUAUGUGCAGAUAUUUAUUGGUCCAGCUUGAUGAUUAUAGUGGUAAGACUUUUAUAAUAGAAGACAACAGAGCAGAGCUUGAUCAUGUGAAACCUGAUGCAAGUGGAUUCCCCACUCUUACUUUAACUCAGUGAAUGAUGCAUCUUAAGCUUUCAACAGUGUAAAUAUAGAUAAAUGUAUAGUUGCAAACUGUGUUGUUACAAGAAUUAAAAGAUAUUGUUACUUA